AUUAAAAGGGGAAAUCCCUUCAUUUCGCAACGUUCAACGUAAUACAUUUCCCUAUAUUGUUCAACCCAGGCCUGCUGCUAGCGUUAGUUUUAGCAGUAUUAACGCUUCGUAUUCAACUACUGUGACUAUUUGACAGAUAUCUGAGGAGAACAAAGCAGCAAAAGCCGCAGCAUAAAUCCAAUCAUUAUGAACGUCUAAGAAUCUCAUCUCCAUGGAAACACAAAGACACGAUGAGUUUGGGGACGUCAACAUCACGUCCUCAUUCAAAGGACCUCCAGAAGCAUCAGGUACAGAAUGUGAUCCCAAUGAUCAAGGAACCCACAACCUAACCCCUGAAGACCAUGGACCAAUGGCUGUAUCAUCAGCAUCAUCAUCCUCCAUCGGUGCCCUGUCAGAAGAUUUUGAACAUGUUCUGUCAGGGCAUCUGAUGAGCCAACAUCAAGAUACAAACACCUCACUUCAACACGAUGUCAACCCUGAUCGUCCUGAGAUAUCCAUGCAGAUUCAGAACGUUGAGCUAGCGCUGAAAGACAUAUCUGAAGGCAACGUGGCUACAGAGAUAACAACUCACUUGUCUGAACUCGUGCCUAAGAUCAUCCGUUUGGAGCGCAAGUUCAAAACUCAGACAACUUUGCGUGGAAUCUUUGAAGAGGAGAACCAGAAAUUGAAGACUGAAGCAGAGCAGAUGAAAGGAAAGUUUGACAACAUCAAAGAGGAGAACAAGAAGUUACAAGAGGAAGUUGCAGAGCUGAAGCGAGCCAAGGAAGAUGAACAGCUGGGAGGAUUUGACUAUGUAACCAAGAAAGAGGCAAGCGAGAUCAAAGAUGCUGAAAGAAAGGAAGCUGAGAAACAACAGACUGUGGAAGUGCCAACAGGAAUCAGUGAAGAAGUUCAUUUCAUGCUGCAGCGCAAGUACAUUGCUCUCAAGAAACAGAUCGAAGAGAUUGUGAAAGUGAACCAUUCCUGGGAUGAACACUACAGAACCAUGAAAUCUCAGCUGGAAUCUCGCAUCGACAAUCUCCAAGAAGAACUGGAUACAGCAAAGCACCAGGCCGUGAUGCUACAGAAAGAGCAGAAAGUAGGCGGUGACAUGCUGGUGCGAGAACAGGCUAGGAUCGAGAAAGCUGAGAAGGAGCGUGCUGGAGCUCUAGCCGAAGUUGUUGCUGUCAAUCAGAAAUGUGAGAAACUGGAACGCUACGCCCGCACACUGACUGGUCAGCGGAAUGAGAUGGAAAAAGAAAUCAAACGCUUGAAUGAGGCACUGGCUCAGAAAAUGAGAACCAAUGCUGCACAGUCAUCAUCAGCAGCACGGAACCAGUCUGAGCUACCAGGUGAACAUCAGCGUGUCCCCUCACCACCAAGCAGCAUGGAAGGACAGCGUAACCAGUCUAGUCUGAUUGGAAGUCAGAAGGGAGUUCAUGAGAUGACGGAAGCUGAGAUGAGAGAAGAGAUAGAACUCCUCAGACAACAGACAGAGGUUUUCCAGUCGGACUUUACUCACGAACGUCGGGAUCGUCAGCGUGUCAUGGGAGAACUAGAUGCCGUACAAAAAGAACUUCGUCGGACCAAGAAAGUGAUCAAACAACGUGAACGAGAGGUCGUGUAUCAGGAUCCUGAAUUGGCCCAUCAGCUUCAGCGAGACCUGCGACGUGAUCGCCAAUACUCAACCUCUGCUCCGCCCCGUGACUAUGGUUAUGUCGUCUAUCCACGUCCCCCAGCAAGAUACACCCAACCAGCUUAUUCACGAGAGACUGGCCGUCUGAUUGCGCAUGGCAAAGGCAGGCAGACCUACAACCUAGCUGGCAAUGACAUGUUCAUUGAUGGCAAUGACGAUGUGGAGAUUGAUGGAGAUGAGAGAGUCAGUGUGGAGUUCAAUCAAGCAUUCACUGACACUACUCCUGCUCACAAUGAUGAACAAAACAUCAGGAUCUGCCCAAGAUGUGAGAGGACAUUUGAGAAUGAUCCCGACUACCAUGUCCACAUCAAUGCCUGCCUGGAUAACUGAGGAUUGAGAGACAGACAGAGUAAGCAUCUUUCACAGUAACAGACCCUGAGUCAUUACUCAAGACAUUCUGAAAACUCACAUCAUGUCAUUCAGAUCUCAGAAGAACCACUCUCUGAGAUGUGAAGGACUUGAUGUAAGUUGAGAAUUGAAUGAUUGAUGAAUGACUCACGCACAACCCUCUGCAAACUUUGGAAGCCAACA